GGCGGCCUGGGAAGCGGGAGAGCGUCGGUGUGCGGGAGCGGUGAGGGGCCGCGCCCCAGUCCCGGGCGUGGCGGAGACCCUGAGCCCCUGCACCCCCCGGGGCCAGUGUCGGGCCAGCAUGGGCGCCAACGCCUCCUCGGCCGGCGUGGAUGCCAACGCCUCCUCGGCCGCCCCCGCGCUGGGGGGUGGCAGCGCGUGGAGGGGCCGGGAACCCUUCUCCAUCUUCACCAUCCUCAUCCUGACCCUGCUGGUGCUCCUGACCGUGGCCACCUUCCUCUGGAACCUGCUGGUGCUGGCAACCAUCCUGCGAGUGAAGGCUUUCCACCGGGUGCCCCACAACCUCGUGGCCUCCACGGCGGUGUCGGACGUGCUGGUGGCGGCCCUGGUGAUGCCGCUGAGCUUGGUGAAGGAGCUGUCGGCCGGGCGGCGGUGGCGGCUGGGCCGGGAGCUGUGCCUCGUGUGGGUCUGCUUCGACGUGCUGUGCUGCACGGCCAGCAUCUGGAACGUGACCGCCAUCGCCCUGGACCGCUACUGGUCCAUCACCCGCCACCUGGAGUACACGCUGCUCACCCGCCGCCGCAUCUCCAACGUCAUGAUCGCUCUCACCUGGGCGCUCUCCGCCACCAUCUCCCUCGCCCCCCUCUUCGGCUGGGGGGAGACCUAUAGCCCCGAGCAGGAGCGCUGCCAGGUCAGCCAGGAGCCUUCCUACACCAUCGUCUCCACUGGCGGGGCUUUCUACCUGCCCCUCUGCGUGGUGCUCUUCGUCUACUGGAAGAUCUACAAGGCGGCCAAGUUCCGCAUGGGGGGCCGCAGGAGGAACGCCGUGGUGCCCCUGCCCGAGGCUCCCCAGGUGAAGGAAGCUUCGCAUGAACCACAGAUGGUGUUUACAGCUCGUCAUGCAGCUAUCACUUUCCAGACAGAUGGAGAAACAUGGAGAGAACAGAAAGAGAAAAAGGCAGCUCUGAUGGUUGGCAUCUUAAUUGGAGUUUUUGUACUGUGCUGGAUCCCUUUCUUCAUCACAGAAUUAAUAAGUCCCCUCUGUUCCUGCAACAUCCCACCCGUCUGGAAAAGCAUCUUUCUUUGGCUUGGCUACUCCAAUUCUUUCUUUAAUCCUCUCAUUUAUACAGCAUUCAACAAAAACUACAACAAUGCCUUCAAGAACCUUUUUGUAAAGCAGAGAUAAAAGGGGACACGGAGGAGAAAAUGAUUCCUUUAUUGCAUAAUACAGAUUCUUGAGGGAAGCAUGCCUGUGAUACGUACAGUUUUCAUGCACAAGAGCUACUUGAGGGGAUUUUUAGGAACAAUGAGAAAGAAGAUGGAAGAUGUUUGGAUAUAAACCUACUGACAGUUUAUCAUUCCCCCUUGGAAAUACAUAUAUGCUACAGUAGGGUUUGGCAAAGAUUGAAGCAGUGAAACACUCCCGUCUGCUCUUUGAAUCAACAUGUGUUAAGGUCUGCAAGUGAAGCACUGUACGUGCCUAAUGCCAUGACUCUCAAAUCUAACUGGACUGCUCUUUAACCAGCUACAGGUGCCAUUCUGUAGCAUCCUCAUCAUUAGCAAAGGCACCAGUGGGAACUGCUGGUUGAACAACACUGAAAUGUUUGUGAUAUGGGCAGGAUGCCAGCUUCAUUUUUGAGAUUUAUGUGGAAGGUAAUAAACAUGCUGGAUUCAAUCAGUUGUUGAAUUGAUGUGAAAUUAAAAUGGAUGACUAAGCAGCUCAAAACCACGCCCUAGUGUGAUUGAAGUGCUGUGUGUUCUCCAGCAAGGAGCUAGAGCUUGGUGGGAAGUCUUGGUAAAAUACAGGUCAGUUAUGUCCCAUGGGGUUAAGUGACAUUUUAGAGCCAAGUGUAAAAUUAUUCAGAGCUACUGAGAAUCUGCUUGCACUGCUUGUGCAGGAGGCAGAUCUAGCAUGGAGUUUUCACCUGCAUUGUACUCCCUUACUCUGCAGGGUUCAAGCUAUCCCUGUUUUCUGAAACCCAAGAUAGAUGCCCGAUACCUCCAAGUACAGGGGGACCGUAUGCAUUAUUAUUUCAUGUUAUCAUAAAACUAAGCAUCUAUUUGUGUUACAAACACCAAACGUUGUAUUCAAUAGCCAGGUUUGCUGGCAGCAACAUGUGGCUGCUCAGCAGUGGUAGGUGAGUAUCUACACUGAGCUGUCUGGGGUCCUCGCUCCAUAAAUGUUGUGCUCCUCACCCUACCUGAGUGAAGCCCACAAUUUGCCAGCGUGCAUCAACUUCUUCCUACUGUAAGAAGGUACUGAUGCCAUCAUAUAAGCAACUCCAGAAACUCCAAAGUGAGUCAAAACUAGGCCUGGAAUUGUUUUUCCAAGAUCUAUCAAACACCCCCGUCCCAAAAAUAUAUAUACACACAUAAAUUAAAAGAUAAGUAUUUCCAUGC